AUGAAGGAAGAUGGACCAAGGCCUCUUCUUCAAGCUAAAUGGAUGUUCACAGUGACUCUUACACUUACAGGUGAUAAAAGUGUUAUCAGACAUUGUGGUGGCAAUUGUGUAACGUGCUGGUGCAGUGAUAUUGUAGAGCUUUUUCGAACAUUCUUACUUUGUAAACUCAACCGUGAUUGGGUGACCGCCCAGUGCCCUGGUAGUAUUUAUAUCAAAGAAGACGAAUAUCUCCAAAAACUCUCACGAUGCUAUCUACCCACAAAUCGCGGCGUUAGCAGCCUUCACCAACUCGCCUCAAACUAUGAACGUGUCCUAUCCAGAAGAGGACAUUUUGAAGACAAACGUGACCUUGGAGCAGUGUCGUACGAUAUACGCGGAUGAGUCUCAAUACCUGGAAGAGUCUCACCCCGAGGGCUUCUGCCGGGUGGCCUUCGACAGCGUCCUCUGCUGGCCGCCGACACCCCUCAAUGAAACUGCUACCGUCAAGUGUUUCUCGGAGCUGUUUCACAUCAAAUACGAUGAUACAC